GAGGAUCUGGAUUUUGGAGUGUUGAUGGGAGCGAGCGCACCGAAACCAGACAACGGAUGGAAAACGAUGGUCUCUGAGACUCUGACUCAUUAGUCAUGAAAAUGGAGGGGGAUAGAUCUUGGUUGCGUGGGACUGAGGUGGGGGAUCGGAUCGGAUUCCUCAACUGCCCUCCCGAGUCCCGCGUCAUUCAUUCGGUUGCAGUUGCGAGCCCCCGUGACCGUGAAAGCUGAAACCCGGCCCAGCCCCCACUACUCCUCUUUUCUGAUAAUAUAUAUAUUAUAAUUAUUGUCAACAAGAGCACAAGUCGGAGUAGGAGUCGCCGUCCACCUCCACCCCGCUUCUUCGUCGUUUGUUUGCUUCGGUGUUUGUUCCCCGGAGAAUCUUCCUUUCACAGCUCUUCAUUUCCGGCUCCGAUCAUCCAUCCAUCCAUCCGGCCGCACCAAACAUGACAGAUAACCAGGAACCUAUCCUGGCCAAACGUGGCAAUGUUGAGCAGAAGCCGUUCCUUAAACUCAAGCGCUGGCAGUGGUGGCUUCUAGUAUCAGUUAACAUCGCCUUCCUCAUUCUGGGCCAGUGCGCUGCUGUCCUCCUCGGCAGGUUUUACUAUGACCAAGGCGGGAAUAGCAAAUGGAUGGCAACCCUUGUUCAGACUGCUGCCUUCCCAAUCCUCUACAUCCCCUUCUUCCUACUUCCUUCCUCCAAGGAUGAGUCUCCAUCUACUUCCUCCUCCUCAUCACCUUCCCUCACAAUUCUCGCCUCCAUCUACCUCGUCCUUGGGGUAGUCAUAGCUGGGGACAACAUGCUGUAUUCAAUCGGCCUACUCUACCUCUCUGCCUCCACCUACUCCUUAAUCUGUGCUUCCCAGUUAGCAUUCAACGCAGUCUUCUCCUACUUCCUCAACUCCCAGAAAUUCACGUCCUUAAUCCUCAACUCUGUAGCCAUGCUCUCAUUCUCUGCUUCCCUCAUAGCGGCAAAUGAGGGCUCCGACGAACCCUCAGCCCAAUCCAAGUGGAAAUACGCAUUGGGUUUCCUCUGCACGUUAGGUGCUUCAGCCCUCUACUCGCUUAUCCUCUCCCUCAUGCAGCUUUCCUUCCAGAAGGUCAUACGAAAGGAGACAUUUGCCGCCGUGUUGGAGAUGCAGAUCUAUACAUCCCUCGUGGCCACGUGCGUUUCAACUGUGGGUCUUUUUGCUAGCGGGGAGUGGAGGACGUUGCAUGGGGAAAUGAUAGGAUAUGGCAAAGGGGGUGCGUCUUAUGUGCAGACGCUGGUUUGGACGGCGGUGGCAUGGCAGGUUUGUUCUGUCGGCGUUGUUGGGCUGAUCUUUGUGGUCUCCUCGCUGUUCUCGAAUGUGAUAAGCACGGUGGCUCUGGCGGUGUCUCCUGUCUCGGCGGUGAUUAUAUUCAGGGACAAGAUGAAUGGCGUGAAGGUGAUUGCGUUGCUGAUGGCGGUUUGGGGGUUUGGCUGCUAUACUCGACAAAACUACAUUGAUGAGUGUGACUUGAGGGAGAAGACAGCGGCUGAGGCUGGUGAUGCUGAAAGGGGCCAUCGUGGCUCUGAGUGCUGAAAAAGUAUUUGCUCAUGGUAACCAACCAGUAGCACAAUUCUUUUGAGACAAGUGAAUGUUCUGAAAGGUGAAAUGAUAGCUUUGUUGGGUUAUUAAUGAUUGAAAAUCAAGAUAGUGAGGUACUUUCGAAUCACGAUUACUAAAUCUCUUCAAUAGAUUUUGUAAGUAAAUAUUGGGGUUAGAGGCUCUUCCGUGGUCUUCGUGUUUAUUCCAUGAACGAGAUUGCAGCAUUAAGACAACCUUGAUGAUGACUGAAUAGCUUUCUGUUUCUCCAAAAAUUAGAAUUUCUUGUGGAAGAAAAUAAUGAAAGAUUGUUACUGGGUGGAAUUGGUAUUAGUGAAAGAAUAGCAUGCCAUGGAGAAGUAGCAGCAGUAGAUCCAAGAGGACCAAGACCAAGGAUGGAGAUUACGUGUAAAUAUUCUGAUUUAUUUAUUUUGUUGGAGUCGUUAAGGGUUUAAACUUAGCCAUAAUUGGAUUUAACUGGGAUUUUAUAGGGUAGGAUAGGUUGGAUCAUCCUAUAAGAAACGGGGAAAGGUUAGUGUGCUAAUAUUUGUUUUUUUAAAGUAUGUUGCUAACAUUAGCUCUAAACAAU